AUGCCUUUGCCUCCAGCUUUGGCCAAAAAGUUGGCUACCCGAGGAAUACUUACAGAAAACGAAGCAAAGAGUAAUGCAAAAGAAGUUGAAGAAGAAGUAAUUGCAGAAUGUUAUGACGAUAUUGAUGAUACAAAUGAUAACUCAGGUUCAGAUUCACAAGAUAGUGAUGAAGAAAAUGAUAAACCAGAUCCUAAAGUCUUAGAUAAAUUUAAAGGUCAUCAUGGUUGUCCAAACAAGUCAAACGUUUAUCAUGAAUGCACUAAAUUUUGUGAACAGCGGUGGAAAAAUGGUAUUAAACGACCAAAAAAUGGAUAUUUAAAAUCUAGAAAUGCUAUGUUAGAAAAGUUUCCUUUACCUAAAAAUUGGCAUGAAGUUUAUGAUCCUGGAACUGGCAGAUUUUAUUACUGGGAUGUAGUGAAUGAUUCAGUUUGUUGGCUACCUCCUAGCCACCCUCGUUCAAUUGUUACUGAUUCAGUUGCACAGUUUCGGUUUGAACGUCAUGCUAUAAUGCAAAAUAUGGAUAAAAAGAAUUCAGACUCAGAGAGUAGUAGUGAUGAUAGUGAAGAUGAACGGCAAAAAAGAAAAAAAAAUCCUAUGCCACCACCUGUUCAAGAAAUCCGCGCUAAAGAAGUGAGAUAUGAUCGUGAACCAAAACGUAAAGAUCCUCCAAGAAGAGUAACAAAACACAAUGAUCUCGAUCCUAUGGAUCCAGCUGCAUAUUCAGAUAUUUCCAGGGGUUCUUGGAGUGAUGGACUAACUGUGGAAGCGAAAUCUGGGGUGGACACGACUGCUUCUGGACCAUUAUUUCAAAUGCGACCAUAUCCUAGUCCUGGUGCAGUCUUACGAGCUACUUCUGGCCAAGCUAAGCGUAAAUAAAAUAAAAAUAAUUGUAUUUAUUGUCUUUAAUUUUUAUAUUUUAUUUAAAUUUUCAAACUCAAAUUAUA